CUCAGGGAAGGGCUCGGAAGUCCCGCCCCCGCGCACGGCGACGGCAGCUCGGAAGUGCCCUUCUAACCCCGGCCGUUCCGCCGCGAGCUGCGGGUAGUGGGCUAGUCGAGCCGAGCCGGCGGCGCACUUCCGGGGGUGUAGCACUCGCGCUUCUCCGCCGCGAGUGCGAGGGCCCAGCAGCUCGGCAUGGCGGCGCCCUCCAGGAAGGAGCGGCAGGCGUGCUGGGGCGCGCGCGACGAGUACUGGCGGUGCCUGGACGCCCACGCCGAGGACGCGGCCCUCUGCCGGCGCCUCCGCAGCUCCUUCGAGGCCAGCUGCCCCCAGCAGUGGAUAAAAUAUUUUGAUAAAAGAAGAGACUACUUAAAAUUCAAGGAAAAAUUUGAAGCGGGACAGUUCCAGCCUUCUGAAUCAACUACAAAUUCCUAGGAACUUCUUGAACUUUUCAUAAAGGUUGAAAUUAUUCUUUCUGGACAUUAAAAAAUGCUGUGUUGAUUCUGUGACAGUAGUAGUUUGACAUGGCAUACAUCAGUACUUGUUCGCUGUGUACAGUACUUCAUGACAAAAUUGGACAAGUAACAGAAGAUCCAUGUUUCAACUAUGAAGACUUGAAGUACAGUGGUUUAAAUAUACCUAGUUCUAAUUUAGUAAGAAAUUUAUUUUAAGAAACUAUUAAAACCAAUUAUAAAAACACAUUGAUCUUUUUUUGGAAUAGAUGAUGAGUAGUGGGGAAAUAUUUACAAUGGAUAUUAUAAAUAGAAGCUGUCACUCUAUGUUCUUGGGAAUCAACACUUGAAUAUAGGCAUUAUAGCUUGAGGUUGGAAAAGGUUGAACUCAGAAUACACAGGUAAAAUGUAAAGCCAUCUAUUAGAAAACCUGCAGCUAAUGUUAUACUAGAUGAUGAGAGAAUGACUGUAUUCCUAGUUAGUUCAGUGAGGCAAAAAAGGAAAUCAAAGACAGAUCAGGAAGGAAGAAAUAAAGCAGGUUCUAUUCACAGCUGAUAUAAUUGAGAAACACUAAAGAAUGGGGAAAAAAAAACGAAAAGGUAUAAUACAACCUAGAGACAAUAUUUGUAGAUAGCAUAGUUCAUGAAGGACUUAUAUAUACAAAAUAUAAAACCAAAACCCCCUUUUAUGAAAAAUCAUCUGGGCAUGGUGGUGCACACUUGUAAUGCCAGCAGCUCAGGAGGCUGAGGCAGGAGGAUCACAAGUUCAAAGCCAGCCUCAACAGUUAAGAUUGUCUCAAAAGCAUCUGGGGUUGUGGCUCCAUGCUUAAACACCCCUAGGUUCAAUCCCUGGUGCCAAAAAAAAAAAAAAAAAAUUGGUGGGCAUAUUAUGCAAAUAGAUACUGAAAGAUAAUAUACAAUGGGAAGUAAA